AAAACUGAACUUUGAAUAUGAUAAACUUCACCCUUUAUCUGUUAAAAUUCCAGAGGAAGUCAUUAUUCAACUUGCUAAAACUAGUUUCUUUAUUAAUAAUAAAACUGAAGCAAUGAAUAUUGAUGAGUCUUUAAACUUCUACAACAAUAGUCAAUUAGCAAAUAACAACAAUAAUAAUGCUUUGAUUGAAGGAUGUAUCUCACUUUCUGAACUUUCUGAUGUCGAUUUAUCUUAUCAAGAGUGA